CACAUGCAAUAAUAUGCGUAGGUGAGUUUAUCUUUGCUGCUCGCUCUGCUGAUUGUAAAGAUGUCUACUUCUUACAAGCUCAUUUACUUUAACAUCAGAGGCCGUGGGGAGGUAACUCGCUACCUAUUCGCCCAGGCAGGAGUCUCAUACACUGAUGAACGAAUUGAAAACAAAGACUGGCCAGCACUCAAGCCUCUCACCCAGUACGGGUUCCUGCCAACUCUUGAGCUCAAUGGCGGAGAGCAUUCAAUCACAGGUUCCCUUGUAAUCCCUCGCUAUCUUGCCGAGCGCCCUGAAUUCAAUCUGGCCGGGGCCAAUCCUAUAGAGAACGCACAGAUUGCUGGUGUUGCCAAUUUUCUUCAAGACCUGGAGCAUGCCAUAUUAAAGCUUGUCCGUGUCAAAGACAAUAAAGAAGAAGUAACGAAGGAUUUCACCGAGGUCCAAGUUCCUAAUUUUUUUGGCAAGCUGGAUGGCUUUUGCUCCACCGGUGGAUAUCUUUUCCAAGACAAGCUCACCUGGGUCGACUUUUACUUUUAUGAGCUCUAUGAGUGGAUUGUUGCAGUCAUGCCGAAUAUCUUGGACAACUAUUCGUCUUUGAAGAAACUGACGACUACAAUAGAAAAUCUUCCCAACAUUGCAAAGUGGAUUAAGGACCGUCCCCAGUCUGCCUACUAGAUGCAUUGGACUUUGAGCCUACAGUGAAAUUGAUUUUUUUAACCUUAGUAAUAGUCUAGUUGUGUGCUUAGGUAACUGCUCUAUAACUAUAUUUAUGAUUGAUUGAUUGAUUUUUUAGAAUUUUCUUUAUUAAAAAAUUAUAUGCUGUUCUUAAAACAA